AUGCUAAGCCAACACAAAAAACUAAAUAGCCAGGAAGUGUCUAAGGCAAUUACCCCGAUUAAGAUAAGCCCCCUUUCGUUCUGGAUUAAAGGCUAUAAACUGGCAGAUCAUCUAUUGGAAGGUUUUAAGAAUGGUUUCCGUUUAGGUUUUGUUGGCGAUAGAUGCUCCUAUACAACGAAAAAUCUAAAAUCUUGCUAUGAGUUACCGGAAGUUGUGUCGGCAAAAUUAGAAAAAGAAAUAGCGUUAAAAAGGAUAGCGGGACCUUUCAGUAUCCCCCCUUUCCAACCUUUUAGGGUAAGUCCUAUAGGAGUAGUCCCUAAAAAGGAGCCAAACUCUUAUAGGUUAAUUCAUCAUUUAAGCUAUCCACUUGGUAAUUCUGUAAAUGAUUUUAUCGGUCCAAACCUCGCCACAGUCCAGUACUCUACUUUUGACCAAGCAGUUACCAUGGUUAGGAAUUUAGGUCAGGGCUGUCUGAUGGCUAAAACAGACAUAGACUCGGCAUACCGUAUCAUACCCAUUCAUCCAAUUGACUAUUCACUUCUAGGUUUUAAAUUCAAUGACUCAUACUUUUAUGACCGUUCGCUCCCCAUGGGUGCUAGCUCUUCUUGCGCAAUCUUCGAUCGCUUCAGUUCAGGUUUGAAGUGGAUAGCUCAAUGUAAGCUUUCAAUUCCUCACAUCCUGCAUAUUCUAGAUGAUUUCCUUAUUAUGGGCCCCAAAGAUUCUAACAAAUGUGAAACUGAUUUGAGGGUAUUUCUCGAUUUAUGCAGAGCUAUUCGAGUUCCUAUAAAACACGAGAAAACUGUCACAGCGACAACUGUGAUCACAUUCAUGGGUCUGGAACUUGAUUCUAACAAAAUGGAAGCUAGGCUACCUAAAGACAAACUUGUCAAACUUUACAAUUUACUGGUGUCUUACAAAUCACGUAGGAAAAUUAAAUUACGGGACUUACAAUCCCUUUUAGGUCUUUUGAAUUUUUGCUGCAAAGUAGUGCUACCAGGUAGGGCCUUCCUCAGACGAUUAAUUGAUCUCACCAAAGGUGUGUGCAAACCCCACCAUAGGAUAACUAUAAGUAAAGAAGGGAGGCGUGAUUUAGAAGCAUGGUACUAUUUCAUCGAACAUUUCAAUGGGAAACACAUUUUACUGGAUCAAAAAUGGUUAACUAACCAGGCUUUACAUCUGUUUACAGAUGCCUCAGGUUCAAUUGGGUACGGAGCUAUUUUAAAUACUCAGUGGUUUUACGGGACUUGGCCUGUAACUUUGGCUGAUUCACAUAUCACAUACAAGGAAUUUUUUCCUAUAACGUUGGCUCUUGAAUUAUGGGGCUCUCAACUGGCAAACAAAUGCAUUGUCUUACAUUCUGACAAUAAUGCUGUAGUACACAUCAUAAACAAACAGUCCUGUAAGGAUUCUCAAAUCAUGUAUCUAGUGAGGAGUAUGGUACUUGCCUGUAUGAAACACAAUAUCCUCGUACGCUCAGAGCAUGUGCCAGGCAAACAGAACACUUUAGCAGAUAUGCUUUCUCGUUUACAGAUAGAAGAAUUCCUGAGGAACGCCCCUUACGCAGACAGGGUAGCCACGCGUAUUCCAGAGGCCUUGCUCAAACACCAUUGA